GUGCUUCCCUCGACAUUGCAAAUUUGCAAAAGCAGUUCGCACCAAAUUUCCCCUCGUCAAAUUUUUGUUCCUUGCGCAAAAUAAAAAAUUACGAACCCUAAAAAAUGGAUUUACAAGCUUCAAUCCAUUUUUUGUGACUCUGUAUUGAAGCGUUCCAGUCCAUCGGAGAACUCUCACCUCGACAACGACGGCGGCGGCGAGGUAUUUCAUUUUCCCCUAAAUUACUAUCCUGCAUCAGACUUCAAUAUACUUUCUAGGUUACAAAAUGAUGGGCGUGUAUGAAGAUCUCGAAGAAAGCGGGAUUCAAGUAAGAAUGAAGAAAAGAAGGCUAUGCGAGAAUCAAAAUGAAGACAGGCUAAGUGACUUACCUGACUGUGUUAUCCUUCACAUUUUGUCAUUAUUGAACACAGAACAUGCCGUUAGAACUUGUGUUUUGUCCACAAAAUGGAAACAUCUCUGGAAACGUAUUCCAACUCUUAUCUUGCAUUCUUCAAGAUUUACCACUGUAAAGAAAUUUGCCUCAUUUGUGUCUAACAUUUUGACUCUUCGUGAUACCUCAACUGCACUGCACGCCCUCGAUCUUGUCCGUAGAAGUAUUGAGCCUCAGCUCCUCAAAAAGAUUUUAAACUAUGUUUACUCCCAUAACACCCAUCUUCGAGAAUUAGGAAUCCUUGUCUCUGGUGAUAGCUCUCGCAUUCUCAACUGUGUUUCUUCUUGUCAAGCUCUUACAUCUCUUAAGCUUUCACUUUAUUCCAGAGGUAGUAAUAAUACAGAAACAUUAUUUCCAAAAUCUUUGAAUUUGCCUUUACUCACCACCUUAGAUCUAACAAAUUUUGCCUUUGACGGUGGUGAAAGCGGUUGUGCUGACCCCUUUUUGGCCUUUACCAAGUUGAAUAGUUUGGUCAUUUGUAGUUGUAAGGUAAAGGAUGCUUCAAUCCUCCGCAUAUCAAGUGAGACACUUGUCAAUUUAGCUAUAGACAGUCCUUUGGAAAAAGUAAGUUUAUUUGUACAACAUAAUCUACCCGACGUUGCGAUAGUCGAGUUAUCUACUCCAAAUCUUUGUACCUUUAAGUUUACCACCCGUGGUCGUGUUCAGAAAAUAUGUGAGAGUGGAUUUUCUUCUGUUAAACAAGUAAAUAUCUAUUCACAAGAUUUUUCAGCUUCGGUGGAGCAUGCUUUGGUUUUACGCAGCUGGCUGCAAAACUUUGCCAAUGUAGAAUCAUUGACAGUCACUUCAACGGUUCUUCAGAUUCUCUCCUUACUCCCUGAUUUAUUGGAGGUUAAGCUCCCUUCUUUGUGUUACUUAAAGUCAUUGGAGGUAAAACUGGUACCACUUCUUUAUGGAUUAUUAUUUCUAAAAUUGGAAGAUGCAAUGAUAAAGAAAGCUGCUGCCAAAUCACGUAAAGAAGUUGCGAAGUUAAGAAAGGAAUUUAAAGCAGGUUUGAAACCACCUGCCAUACCUGAUGGAAUAGUUGACUUCUUGCGACAAAACUCUCCGUCGGCUGAAGUUAAAAUCACAACAGAAUAUAGCUGGAGUCAUUUUAAUAUUAAGCAGAUUGAAGAAUCUAUUAAGGGCGUAAAGAUUAUCAAAUACCCAUCGCGACUCGCUGCGUCUGCAUCUAAUGCUUCUCCCGCUUCUGCCAUUGCUGCACCUCCCAAUCUUCAUCUUUAUGGCACUGAAAAGGUCCUAAUAAACCGGUUAGAGUUCCGGUUCCCAAUUCAGUCCGGUUUUAAUUGGAAGCAGGUUGAAGAAUCUAUAAAGGGCGUGAAGAUUAUCAAAUACCAUUCAAAAUUUGCUGGACCUGCCUUCUCCUUUGCCUCACCUGCUUCUGCUGCUGAGUCUGCUUGUGCCCUUGCUACCGCACCUCCCUCUGCCUUACCUGCUUCUGCUGCUGAGUCUGCUUGUGCCCUUGCUGCCGCACCUCCCUCUGCCUUACCUGCUUCUGUUACUGAGUCUGCUUGUGCCCUUGCUGCCGCACCUUCCUCUGCCUCUGCCACAUCUCCCAAUCUUCAUCCUUGUCGUGCUAAACAGAUGGUAACUAAUAUUGACAAUAGUGACUCAACGCUUUGGCCUGACUCUGUAACUAAAGCUUUCAUCAAAAUUAUGGUUGAUGAAGUUACAAAAGGAAAUAUGUCAAAUGGCAUGUUUCAUACUAGAACAUGGACCUCAAUGACUACUUUGUUGAAUUCCAUAACUAAUUGCUCUUAUAAAAUGGAACAACUAAAGGAAAAAAUGCAUAGCCUUCGAGCAAUGUUUCAUGAGUUCUAUUCACUUUUGCAAAACACUGAAUUUAAGUGGAAUGUAGAAACUAACACUGUCAUUGCUAGUGAUAACGAUUGGCAGAAUUAUCUCAAGACACAUGAUAGAGCAUCUCAGUUUCUAAAUAAAGGGUGCGACCAUUAUAAGUUGUUGGAAAUGAUAUUCAACAAAAAUAAUGAAGCUGAAGUACUUCAUGCAUCUACCCAAGACCGGCCAAAUGCCGAUAAAGAAAAUGAGUUCGAUAAUCAAAACUUUAACACAGGGAGUGCAAAUGACAAUUCAUACAAUGAUAUAGAAGAGGUGGAGUGCAUCAAAUGUAGGGGGAAGCAAAGAAGUCAAGUUCAAGAGCAUACAUCUAGAAAAGAGUCAGCAUCCAAUCAGAAAGAAAAUGCACUUGCAUGUGGUAAGAAUGUGGAGAUUACUUCUUCACAUGUAACAAUAGAUUGUUCUCUUACUAAGUGUGUGGUUGCUCUUGAAGAGAUAAAAGACAUUUCAGAUGAAACCUUUGGGAAAACCUUGGAAAAAUUUAAGGAUCCUGACUGGAGGGAAAUGUUUAUGGCUAUGUCUAAUGAUAGGAAACGUGGAUGGCUAUUUAGACUUUAAGCAUAAAAUCUUACUUGCAUAUUUGGCAAUGGUGAUGAGACACUAUGUUUUGUAUAUGGUAUUUAUGGUUAUAUUCUUCUUGAAGCUAUUUGGUGAAUAAUUUUAUGAGUAAUUUUUUGCAUUUUUGGAUUGGAUUUUAAAGUUGUCAUGAAAUUGUACUACUAACAGUGGUCAUAAUUAGAAUUGAUAUUCAUAGAAGUGGUAAUUCUACUUAUUUGAG